GCUUCCUUCUUCACCUCUGUGCAUACGCUAGUAGUAUAGCCUAGGUGCCGGCUGUUUGACUUCCGUUCCCACGCAAAAAUGCAGCGCUCGGCCGACAUCGUGAGCGCCCUGCAGCGCGCCGGCGCUAGUCUGGCAGCGCCCAGCGUGGCACGGAACCUCAACACCCUGGUGGAGAAGUUCACCUUUGCUAGCGCCGUUGAUGGCCCCACUGCCAGCCUGGGCAGCAACGUGAAGGUCAGCGUUAAGCCCAGCGCUAACAGCGUUGAUGUUUCGGUGUCGGCCGGGACCGGGAGCGCAAAGGCUUCUUAUGCCCCAGCUGAGCUGCGGAAGGCGGCUGCUACUCCUCUGGUUCUCCAGGAUGUGUCCAGGAUCUCCACUGCUCACAGCGCGUUCAUGAACUACCUGCUGACGCUCACGCACGAGCGCUACUCCGUGCUGGCGUCGUGGCCCGACUUCACCAAGGCGUACGGCAAGGACUACUACUACCGCGCGCACCCUGAGGACCUGCGCAAGUUCUACUCCAUGGUGGACGAGUUCCACCGCAUGUGGGACGUUGUGACGGAGUUCGGCAGCCUGUCCAGCCUGGCCGGCCAGCUGGUGCCCGGCUACCGCGUGCGCCGCCACAACACGGUGCACCCCGCCCUGGGCGCCACCACCGCGGACGGCGCCGUCCUGCAGUUCCUGCUGGCUAACGCCAAGUAAAGAACUGACCCACGGGUCAGCAGCGCUUUCGGCAGCAGAGCUUCCUUCUGUGCAACUCUGGAUCUUGGGUUUUGACGGCUUGUGGAGCGCAUGCAGCGAAAGGGCUACUGAAAGUACCGGACGCAGGACUACUCGACAGCAUUGGGGGAAUAUAGCAGCAGGCUGCUUCCCUUGCUUCUGUCCUGUAGCUGGCUGGCGAGCAUGGAUGGAGAGGGCUUUCGGAGCAUAUGGGUGCGCUAGGGUAUGAAGGUCGGGACAUAUGCGGGGAUGAGGUGUUUGGCGGGUGUAUGGGGUUGGUACAAGAGGGACGUGCGGGUGCUUUCCAGGUUUGCUGGAGACCCGACGACCUAUAUGGCUUAUCAAGCUGAUAAAGGUGUGGGCUUCUCGGCACCGAAAAGAUGAUGGCAGCUGAAUAGUUGCCUUGCAGUUUAGUGGCGGUCGAGCUGCCGUGGACGAUGCAAUGCUAGGUAAUUGCAACGUGAUUUGCAAGGAGCAACCUGGACGGCUGCAAUCCGGUGUAAGGUGUCUAGGUGGAAG